GCAUUGAAUUGCUCGUGUUCUUUUCGCUGGAAAUUAUUUUCUCAUUUUUAGGACGCACAGUAUUCCGCGUUUCCGGGUCUCGCUCUCCACACCACCGCCACCCUUCCGGACCGUGGUUCCAUGUACACCUACUACCACCCUAUGUCAUCUCCCAAUCCUCGAAAACGACCGGCACCGGGUAGUGUGCCCAUACAACAAAUGGCGCAGCCUUACAAUACACAAGAUCAAUUACUGAGGUGGAAUGGGGCUAAUGCGGCGAACUUCGGUGAUAACACUGCGAAUGGCGUAAAUUCGUAUGGUGUGGUCCCGUCGCCGACUCAAGGCCAAUACAGCCAACCAACGCCUUCAACUGUUCUCGCUAGGCGGGGCAUGAAUAACGCCCUUGUCGCUACCAAUCGCGCCUUUACUCCGCAGCCGAGCGACCCGUGGCCGAACUUUGACGAGAGUCUAAUCGCGAAUCAGAAUAAUGGGGCUAUUGACGAACAUGAUAAUAUAGAGCUACUCGAAGAGAAGGCUCAGAGGGCAAAACGAGAAGCCCAGACGAAGCGGAAGCAGAUUCCACCUUUCGUACAGAAGCUGAACAGUUUCCUAGAAGAAUCCAAGAAUACAGAUUUGAUUAGGUGGUCAGAGAAGGGUGACUCUUUUAUUGUUUUAGAUGAGGAUGAGUUUGCCAAGACUCUCAUUCCUGAGCUUUUCAAGCACAACAAUUACGCUUCCUUUGUCCGGCAGCUCAAUAUGUACGGGUUCCACAAGAAGGUCGGUCUUUCAGACAAUUCCAUGAAGGCCAGCGAGCGUAAGAACAAGAGCCCAAGCGAAUACUACAAUCCUUAUUUCAAACGCGGUCACCCCAACCUGCUAUGGCUUAUCAACAAACCGAAAGGUGGCAGUGGCACUAAGAAGAACGGCAAGAAAAGAAGCGAAGAAGGUGAGGUUGAAAGUGAUGAGGAUACCGUAACUGCCGACGAUGUCCUAGGCCAUGCUUUUGUUCCCCAGAAUGUGCAAAACAGAGCCCUUCCAGCACCAGAGUCGGGUCCACUCCAAAAGAAGGAGCUGGCGGUUGUCCGGGAUCAGAUGACGGCACUACAGCAACGCCAGAAGCAGAUCAGCGAUGCAAUCCAGCGACUUCGCCAGGAACAUAACCAAUUGUACCAGCAAGCCAUUAUGUUUCAAAACAUGCAUGAUCGACAUGAGAAUUCUAUCAAUGCUAUCUUGAAUUUCCUUGCGAAUGUAUUUAGGAAGUCACUCGAGGAACAGGGAGGUGUGCAGAACGUGAACGACCUAUUAGCCACUAUCAUCCCAAAUGUUCAGAUGCCACCACAAGGAGGCCAGGGCAGCGUCGUUGAUCUGGGAGAUUGGGUGCAACAGCAGGUGCCUAGGACUGCGACACCAGUUGGCACACCAAAGAGGCAGCAUCGCCUUUUGCCCCCCAUUCCUCAGAACCAAGCCGCCAAGACCCCUCCACCGGCGGCAGCCUCUACGCCAUUCCCCAACUAUUCAAAUCUUCCGCCGCACCAGACAGGACAGGUUACGGAGGUCUUUGAUACUCCGGUAGAGUCGUCUGCCACGCCUUCCUAUCUUAAACAAGAACUCGAGUCGAACCCGCAGGAGGGUAUGAUGAAGAUCAUUCAUGAUGCGAACACGAAUUCUGGCAAUGUUUCUGUUGACCUUCCCAACAUGGCUGCCAACACGUCGGCUACUCUUACCAAUGAUCAGCGAAACCGGAUGUUGAGCAUUAUGUCUGGUGCUCACAGUAGCGGUGCUCCCACACCUGUGGCCUCGGUACCUUCACCGUCCGUAGCAGCGGAUGCAACGCCCGCUGCGGGGAUUUCACCACCCGGAGCUGUACCAGCCCCGACUACUCGGAGCUCCCUGUCGCCUAUCUUGCCUUCCAUCCUACCACCAUCGAUCCAACGGAUAUCGCAAACAGAAGAAGAGCUCGAGCAUCUCCAACGCUUGCAGACGGAGCAAAGCCAGAAGCUAGAAGAUCUCAACCAUUUGUUGGGGCCUCUAAGCCCUUCGGGUCGAAUACCUGGGUUGGAUGAUUCUAAUGCUUAUUUUGACGACAACAUCGACCUCAAUCAGUAUCUCGAUCCAAACGCAUACACGGCAGACACAACGGGCCCUGACUUCAACUUUGAUGCGCCUUCGUUCAGCAAUGGCCACCCCUUUGAUUGGAACAUCGAUGGUGGUGAAUUUGGAGCGCACGACACUUUGAAUCUAGGCCGAAUUGUCGAGACAAACACGCCAAGCCACAAGUCGCCUAGUCCUAGCGGCACCGAGGAGAUUCCACGAAAUGAUCUAGAUGACAGUCCCCCCGGUCGAGCUGCCAAAAGGCAACGUAAGGCAUGAUGUUAUAUUGGGCAGAGCAUGCGUGAUGAGUACGAGUUAAGCUGAAGUAGCCAAUCAGCAGGGAGGGUGUUAAGAGUAUUUCCAACCUCUUGUUAGGGUCUACGAGCGAGAC